AUGCGGGCCUCGUUACUGGUCCUGGCCUGCUUAGCAGGCUCCGCGUUCUCGAGUGCCAUACAGGAGCGCUCGCGGAGGUGGUUUGAUAUCAAGCCCCGUGGGGAAGUCUCUGGUCUCCCAGGAACCACUCCAACCCUAACUGCCACCACCAGCCUUGCAAAGACAACGACGACUAUCCCGGUCUCUGAAACCAUGACGGCCACCCCUCCUGCUGGAGAGGCAACUACUACGACUAGUCCUGCUGAGACGACCACAGCCACUACCCAUCCCGGAGAGACAACGGUUACCAGCCCUAGUGGAACGGAAACGCCUACCAGCCCUGGAGGGACGGAGACCACUACUAGCUUCCCUGGUUCAUUGACCGAAACUCCCCCCGGUGGAACAGAUACGCCCACCAGUCCUGCGUCUCCCAGCGCAACGGAGACACCUACCAGCCCUGAUGGCUCGUUCAGCAAGACUUCCCCUGGUGGAACACAGACAUGUACUACACCCAGUGGCUCGCUCACCAGAACCUCUCCCAGUGGCACGCAGACACCGACCGGUCCCAGUGGCUCAUUCACCAUUACUCCUCCCGGGGAAACGAAGACAAUCACCAGCCCUAGCGGGUCGAUAACCACUCCUCCUUAUCGUAAUGGAACGUCUGUUACAAUCACUAUCCCUACGACGAUUACUACGACCUAUGUCACCACGACCUGUCCUGUUUCCUACUCCACAACGACAAGCGGAACGUCAACCUGGACCAUACCUGUGACACGCACAAGCACCAUCACUGUCACGGAAGUCGUUACUUGCACCAAGGGCUGCCCUAAGCCUACUGGUGUAAUCCUGCCGCCACCUCCGCCGCCGCCGCCGACUACGAUCACUACCACAUAUAUUACUACGACGUGCCCUGUGACCUACUCAAAAACAACAAGCGGGACCUCAACGUGGUCUGUACCUAUCACCCAGACUAGCACUGUCACCGUUACCGAAGUUAGGACCUGCACCACGGGUUGCCCUAAGCCCACGCACACCCAGCUGCCACCGCCGCCAGUUGUAACAUCAUCGGCCUGUCCUGACAAGGCCACAGUGACGGUGACAGAGGUAUUCACUACAACCAGUAAGUCACGGUUAAGGAACGCAAUACGACAACGUAGCUGACCUCGCUCUCUUUUCUCCAAGUUGCCCUGCCGCCAAUUCAGAGCUGCACAGCAACAGUGACAGAAACGGUCACCAAGCCCGCCGUUAGUACUGUGACUGUCACCAAGUCCGCUGGAAACACAGGGACCAAAAGUCCCACCGGGUCAAUCCCACCCCCGAGCAUUCCAGCAUCUCUCUCCCCCACCAAAGGAACGGGAACAGCAACGGGAACAGCAUCCCACACAGGAUCUCUCCCACCCCCAAGCGGUUCGGGAUCAGUUCCGCCCCCGAAGGGCACGCCGACGCCGACGCCGUCACAUACUGGAACUGCUUCCACUCAACCCUCACCCGGGACUUCUUCGGGCACUUCUACCGCACCAGUGACAACAAGUGCUGAACACCGCCGCUGGUGGUAAACGCUCUCUGUUAACCGGUGCACCGUCUGCUUUGCAGCGCGUAUACCCUACGCUCCUUACCGCGCAUAUCGUUGUCUUUACAUUCCUUAAUGGCCAAAUGCAGUGUGUAGUAUAAGAACAUGGAGGAUGGUAACGGGGGGAAUUUGCAACUGGCUACUCUGAUGUUCGCCCAGUCCAGGCUUACCGUGUCAAUUCCAUCGUAUUUUGUAUAGUGAUUUCAAUAGCGCGAUUAAUCCAGUCGGUCCUUAACAGACUUGAACUAUUUGAUUUGACUAGACUAAACCCGCGUUACGCACGCCG